CCGGCCGUUGAACUCUGCGAAACCCAGGGUCCGGGGAUGGCGACCAAGAGACUGGCGCGGCGGCUUGGAUUAAUUAGGAGAAAGUCAGUUACACCAGCAAGUGGAAAUCCAGGAGGGAGCAGAUUGAAACAGUUGUAUGCCUACUUAAUUGUCGUUGACUUUGAGUCUACCUGCUGGAAUGAUGGGAAGCACCACAGUAGCCCUGAAAUAAUUGAAUUUCCAGCAGUUUUGUUGAAUACAGCAACUGGAGAGAUUGAAUCUGAGUUUCAUGCUUACGUUCAGCCUCAAGAACAUCCAAUUCUUUCUGAAUUUUGCACAGAACUGACAGGGAUAAAACAGGUUCAAGUCGAUGAAGGAGUCCCCCUGAAGAUUUGCUUGUCCCAGUUCUGUAAAUGGAUCCAUAAGCUGCAGCAGCAGCAGACGAUCAGCUUUGCUGCUGGGGAUUCAGAGCCUUCUACUUCUGAAGUGAAACUGUGUGCUUUUGUUACAUGGUCAGGUAAAGCAUGACUGAUGCCUGUCAAUCACACUGGGUGGUACUGGGGCCUAGGGGGUUCCUGAACAGGCACAGUGCUUGUUGCAGAAUCACGAGGACCAGAGCUGGCAUCCUCAGAACCCGUGUAAAAGCCACAUGGGCAUAGUGGUCCCUCUGUACUCCAAGUACACUAGGUGGAGACACGGACUCCCAAGAGCAGGCUGGCUAGCCAAACUAGCUAAGUCAGCAAGUCCUAGGCUCAGCGAGGAACUAGUCUCAGUAGAUAUUGGCUUCUAAUGUCAGUCUUGGGCUUCCACAUGUAUGUCCACAUGUCCACAUAUACGUACACGUGCAUGUGCACACACACCUUCACCCCCACACUAUAAAUAUGUGGCACAUACAUACCACACAUACAUAUGCCCCACCCACCAAAAAACCAAUAGAGUAGCACUGCCUCUAUUUAGUGCUUUAUUUCUAGUUUCAUUCUUGUUAACCUAGAAUUAUGUUUGUUAACCUAAUUGACCAGAAAGAAAAUGAAGGGCCACACAGAUCCUAACCAAGAAAAGCCAGUUCACUUUAAAAAAAAAAUAAAUAAAUAAUAAUAAUGAUUCUCCAGAACUGGGAACGAGCAUCAGUUGAAGGCAGGCUCUGCAAAGGCGGGGUGCAGAGCAGAGAAGGGAAGGGCACAGGACAGUCCUUCCCUUCAUCAGAGGUGGGACAGAGACGAAGCACAUCUCACUAUGGCUUUUCCGACUCUGACAGCUUUUGUCUCAUUCCAGCUUCUUAUACGCAUAAAAUCAUCUCCUCAGAAACUGUAUUCAUUGAUUAUAUAGCUUUUCAAAGUACAUUUUCCUCUAAGGUCUUCCUUGAUUACACAAGAUUAUUAAGAGGAACAAAGCGAUCAAACAGCAACUUUAUGAAAACUAAUGAUUCACAUUAUGCUAAAAUCAACUUUCUUUCAACUCAGUAUCUUCCUUAAGAUCAGUGUCAUGAAGCCUUGCAGUUGCAGAAAUGCCCGGCAGGGUGGCUCCCUUGGGAUUUGAUUCUGUUUCAGUUUGGCAUAAGGUUAAUAUAUCAAAAGCUACUUCAUCUACCUUUUAUAUCAACUUGGCUCUCUACAAAAGCUCAAUCUCUAACCCUCACUUAAUUCUUCCUUUCCUUCCACUAUAUUUCUUUUAUAUUUGACGUAAGACCAUUGCCCUUUUUCUUUGAUUCUUAAAGAAUUGUCCAUCCCCUUUGCUUCAGCAAGGGCAGUCUAUCAGUGAAGUUCUGGUCUGACAAGUCUGCUCAGAAGCAGGCAGUUCCCUGAGCCAGGAUGCCUUCCUCUGUGUCUGACUUGAACCCUCGUUUCAAUAUGAUUCCUAUCUUUAUUACACUCCUGUAAAGAACAGAAGAAUACCAGGGUUCCUAAAACUGCUUGCUUUUGCCUUUUGGGAGGUACCAUGUGCAUGAUCAGAAUCUCUUCCUAUUCAUACAAUUUCCUUGUUUCUAAAGUUGAACAUUAAAAACCCAGCAAUUCAAUUAUAGCUUGUCAGCUUCUAAAAUUUCCCUAAGUUUUUCUUCUUUAAUAAUUCCUCUAUCUCUUGCUUACUAACAAUACUCAUUAAAGAUCUAAAUAUUUAUUUAAGUAAUAAGUUCUUGGAAAAGACUCAAUUUUCUGCAUAACAUUUUUUUCCAGGGAAUUUUCAUUAAUUUCAUUCUUGUUUGCACUAGCUUUUUUUUUUUUUACAAUUUCAGCACUAGCUUUCAGAGAGAGGCCUUUAACAGUAAGAGAUGCAAGUUUAGCAAAAGAUGUGUAGCGACUAUCCACCAAGGGCAGUGAAGGCUCAGUCCAGGUCAUCCAAGCACCUGAACUUCGUCCAAAAGCCUUCAGGAUGCUUGGCAUCGCCACUCCAGACCCAUAAGGAGCCCUGUUUCAAAAUAAGAUGGGUGGCACCUGAGUAAUAACACCUGAAGCUGUCCUCUUCCCUACACACCGACCACAUGCACCAACACACAUGCACAUGCACACAUAUGUACCCCCCCCUACUUGUACAUACCCAGAAGAUAGCAUUUUGAAACAGUCAUCAACAUAAUUUCUUUUUUGGUUUUUUUUGUUUUUUUUUCGAGACAGGGUUUCUCUGUGUAUCCCUGGCUGUCCUGGAACUCACUCUGUAGACCAGGCUGGCCUCGAACUCAGAAAUCCGCCUGCCUCUGCCUCCCGAGUGCUGGGAUAAAAGGCGUGCGCCACCACGCCCGGCUCAACGUAAUUUCUUAAUGGUAAGUUCUAUAAGAUGUAAGAUAAGAUAAAAUACACUACCACUAACUAGUUACUAGUGCAGAAAAUAAAUCUUACUGUUUUGUCGUAUCUUGUUUUGUGUAUUUUAUUUGUGAAUGGAAACACACUGACACCACUGACUCUUAUUUUAAUAUCCAUAAUGCAGACUGGGACUUGGGCGUUUGCCUAGAGUAUGAGUGUAGAAGAAAGCAGCUGUUAAAACCUGUGUUCUUAAACUCUUGGAUUGAUCUCAGAGCAACUUACAGGCUUUUUUAUAAAAGAAAACCCAAAGGACUGAGUGGUGCCUUGCAGGAAGUGGGAAUAGAAUUUUCAGGACGAGAACAUUCUGGCUUAGAUGAUUCUCGGAACACUGCUCUUCUUGCUUGGAAAAUGAUCAGGGAUGGUUGCUUAAUGAAAAUUACCAGGUCCUUGAACAAGAAAUUAUAAAUACGGUUCCUAAAGCAAUGGAUUUGUCUGUGGAAUCAUAGGUUCUCACUAAGAAGAAUCCCAAGAUUUUGGCCAGAAAUUUGGGUACAGAUCAAGUUGAAGAAGCAGCUACUUGCAACAUGAGUAUCCAGGGCCCCAGCAUAUAUCAAAAGGAGCUCCAAAGUACAGUAAAUGCAGAGGAAAAUGCCCAGAUGAAUUCAGUCUGUGUGAAUUCCUCCUGUAUAAAGGGCCAAUUGCAACCAAAAAGCAACAUGAAAGCAGAUCUUUACAAUAUCAGACAUAGCUUUCCUCUUUUCACUACCAAGUCGUCGACAUCUGUGGACCAACUGCAUUCUCCCACCUUGAAUCCACCUCUCACUAUGCAAAAGCCAAGUAAAAGUGAUCAGCUUGCACUGAAUGACAGCUCAAAGUCCUCAACACUUAACUCCAACUUAGUGCUUGUAUCUACAACCAUUCCGUCAGUUAAUCAUGUUUCUGAUGUAGAAAUGGGUCAUACUUUUGACUGUUUACCGAUGUUGGCUGAGUGGGAAGAUGUAGUUUUACUGCCAGCAUCUCAGGCUGAGCCAGACACAGACUGUAUGCCUCCUGUUAGUGACACAAAUGUCAGUACUUCACUUAAUUCUGCAGAGAGAUCACUUGUUCCAGAAGAACCAGAAACCCUUAGUUAUGAAAACUUUGAAGACCUUCAGGAAACUCCUCAAAACUCUGAGACAUCUAAGUCUAUUGUGUAUAAGAGUCCUCACAGUACAGUCUAUGAUGUAAAAGGAGCCAAACACCCAGGUUCGGAUGCCUCUGCUUUUAAGUUACCCAAAUGCAAACCAUUUCCUUUCACCAGUGUUCAUGCCAGUGCAGCAUAUCCUUCAGUUCUGAGGAAAGAUCCUCUCCUUUCAGGUGGCACUAAAAGGAAUUCACUUAGUCCUCCAGCUUCCCCGAGAACCAAAAGGCAGACCUUCACUAUUCAUGAAGAAAAGCCUACAUCAUCUAUUUGCUCCCCAGGAACAACUUCUUGUAGAGUUUCUCCCUCUGUACUAACAUCUACAGUUAAUCUACAGGAGCCUUGGAAGACUGGAAAGAUGACACCGCCUCUAUGCAAGUGUGGCAGAAGAUCUAAGCGGCUUAUUGUUUCUAAUAAUGGGCCAAACCACGGGAAAGCCUUCUAUUGUUGCCCAGUUGGGAAAUACCAACAAGACAGAAAAUGCUGUGGUUAUUUUAAAUGGGAACAAACACUUCAAAAAGAAAGGACCAAUGGCAAAGCUCUGUCUCAUUCCUCAGAAGGGCUCACUUUCAGCUCUCCAGAAACAAGCCGUAUUCAUGACAGAAAUUUAAGUUUUCCUAUUAAGAAUUCUUUACGACUCAGACCUUCAAUGAGACAUUGAUAAAACUCUCUUCUAAACUGCCUUCAGUGUAUGUCUUAUCUGACUUUAUGCAGGAAAGAUAGCAGUGGGGUUUACCUUACGCAGCCUCAGCAUAUCUGAGCACUGCAGCUACACCGGAGCAGUUCAUACAAACAGAAGGGACAUGUCUUUCAUGGCGUGCACUCUUGCCAAGUAGUCUAUCAACUGUCAUCUGUUCAUGAAGCAAUCCUUGUUCCUAGAUUUCCAAGUAUGAACAUUUAGAUAAUGUCAUAUAUUUCAUAUGUUAACAUUUGCUGAAUUUAUCAAACUAUCAUAAAGAACUACAAGGAAAAACUAUUUUUACAAACCAUGUUUAUUAGGUUAAAUUUAAUAACUAGCCACAGAAUGUGACAGCUUUCUCUUAUACUUUGACCUUCAAACAAAUUUCAAACUAUUUUUAAAUUACUUGAAUAAAAAUAUGACUAGUAAAGUUUUAGGUAAAUAUUCUAAGAAUUAUGACAGUUUCUUAAAAAUAGGGUUCUUUUCAAAGUUUGAAGAUUUGUUCUGAUUUGUAUAUUAGCAUAUUAGAAUUGUUCAGUUAUGUUUUGAAAAUGCCUGGGUACAGAUUUAGUUUAGAAUCUGCUCCUAAAAUAAAUUUUAAGACAUCUCAGCAUCUGGCGACAUUCAUUUUAUGUUGGCAGAUUACAGGAGCAUUGACAUGAAUGCAGAAGGAUUCAAUAAUGAUUAUUUGAUUUCAGAAUUCAGGCUCUGAUGUCAUAACUACAAAAUACUUUCAAUCCAGUUUCAAAGCAGUCUGCCCACAUAAUCUGUGGUUCCUGCAGACUUGUAGACACUGUGUUUAUAGCUACACAGGUGAUUAGUGGGAGGAGUUCAAGUUGUUACCCAUUCCUUUUUCCUCAGUUCAUUUCUUUUGACCUUCCCACUGACAGUCUUCGGCAGCUCUUCAAUAAAUUCUACCUGUUGGUAGUAAGGGCAGGAAGAGGUUAGUCCAGCACUUGUUCACUUCCUUCAGGUCAUGCCGGUUACUCAAGAGCUCUGUUUCAAACUCUAGGUGAAAGGAUAAAGUUAGGUUUUGUUCUUUUUGUUUUUUACAUUAAAAUUAUGAGCUAAUUGACUGAAUUAUGUUGGGGGCUUCGGUUUAGCCUCGGAGUUUUUGAUUAACUAUUGUCAUUAGCUCUGUUUGAAACCUCUCGCAUAGUAUAUCUGAGGAGAAAACUGUCCAAAGCACUGGACUGACAUCACUGGUACCAGGGACGCCUACCUUUCUGGGGUAUUUGUAAGGCGCUGUAGUCUUCUUCACGUGCUCCUGGAUCUCCUUUUUCAGUUGCUCUUGAUCAUGGGACUUGUAAUCAGGAUUCAGGACAAUAAAAGCCUUUACUACCUAAAGAA